AUGCCGUCCUCGAACAACAAAUCCAUCGCUACGACACCAUUCAUCAAUGUCACUUAUCCUGAGACGCAAGGGCUUUCUUCAAAACAGCGGACCGUAGUUCACUCUUACGCUGCCCGAACAGCCCACGCCAGGGUGAGGAUUGCCCGUGUCAAAGCAUACCAACUUUCCAAAGCUAUUAAACUCCAGCAAGAGCAACCAGGGCACCCUCAGGAAGUCGAACCAAGUAUAAAGAAGACACCAUUAAGAUCGGAUGUGGAGCUAGACUUGGAGAUGCUGGCUGUGCUGAUGUCGAACAGCGGUCCAGGCGGUCAAGGUUCAGGGAGGGGAGACCCGUUUGUGAGCUUCGCAAGGCCCUUGAUGAGUAUGGAGCACUUUUUGCUCGACCAAUAUGUGACAACCGUCUCCCCAUAUCUACUAGAGCACUGUGCCAGGUUUAGAUAUCCCGGAUCGCCAUUUAUGGAUAGCAUGAUUGAGGAAUGGAUCCGACUCAGCCUCAGCGAUGUAGGGUUUCUAAGCGGCAUCUUGCUUAUUGCGUCUCGGUACCUCUCCAUUUUCCACCAGCCAUAUCACCCACUCCAGAAUCAGUUGUAUACCGAGCAAGCUACUCGGUACAAGCUAGUCUGUUUGCAGACUUUGAACGAGGCCAUCUCUUUCAACACGGGACAAGGGCCAUUCAGCGACUCAGUUGUAGCCGAGACGAUGGUAUUGGCGUUGGAUGAAAUUUCACUGGGUGACUUGGAGACGUCUAGGCGGCACAUGCAGGGUUCUCUGAAGAUGGUAGAGCUGAACGGUGGCCCGCAGACGUUGGGCUUGAAUGGGUUUCUAGAGAUGGUUCUAAACAAAUUUACGAAUCAAGUAGGUCUGUCCAAUCGGUUUUUGGCACCGGCCAAUGCGAGUUUGGCAUCGAACUCUUGA